AUGGAGGCGUUGAGAAGAUUCCGCGAUCAACAACAAGGUGAACCGUCAGGAGCGUCACUGGACGAUUACAACGCCCUGAUGAAGCGAUACGAAGAGGCAAUUGAGCGAAUCGUCGAGCUCGAGUCUCGUGGUGAGGGUGGAUCGAGUAAAUUGGCCGCUCUCGAGGCCGAGCUGAAGCGCACUCGAGAACGUCUUGCUGAGAGUCAGGUGAGUGAAAUUUUAGUUGUUGUUCAACGUAUGCUUCACUCAACAGUUAGCGCUUACAACUGGCUAGAUUUCGUGAAUCUGUGCGAUAGAUAG